AUGACAGGGAAGGGAAAGCUGUCCCCUGAUGCAUAUGAGCAGUUUCUGUACUUGAGUAUUUCUAUAACAAUUCUUCUGAGUCCAAGAAGAGGGAAAGAACCACUGAAGCAGUGCGUGGCGAGGUUGGCAGAGGCAGGGAGCCUAGGAUCUAAGGCUGAGAACCAAUCUGCUGAGUUCUGCCUGAAGCCACCGGGAAAUGUUUACAUCAGUCUCAAGACUACUCCUCCUUAUCCCGUGGAGCUUUACUACAAGACUGAGGAUAAGGUUGAGGUCAUCAAAUACCUGACUACCUCAAACCUAUUCGACCGGCCGAUGCCGAAUGAUGAUAGACGUAUUAUUUCUAAGAAGAAAUCACUUGCUCCAUCUAGUCAAGAGGUCCGGACUGCCAAAAAGAGCAGGACCGAAAUAGAUUUAGAGCUAUUUGAAGCUUAUGAGAAAAGCUUACAGAAUGACGAGGAGGACGAGAAGGAUGAGGAGGACAAGGAUGUUGGGGAGGAGGAGGACGAGGAAGAUGCAGAUGCAGAUGCAGAUACAGAUGCAGCUGAGGGAUCACAAAGUGAAGAUGAUUCUUUAUCCUCUCAGGACUUUGGUAAGACGAACAAUAACAAUAAGACCCACAAGUAUAAGGAAGACAAGAAGAAGAGGGAAGUGGAUAAGAAGAAGGAAGCCGAUAAGAAGAAUGAAGCUGAGAAGAAAAAAGAAUCCAAAAAGGAGGAAGAGGAGUAA